AUGACGACCGCAGCUGGAGGAACAGGCUCCAGCCUGGCACGCGCCAUUAUCAUUGUCACAGGUGUCUCAGCUUUGGUUUCCUCGCUCUUAUCCUUUGUGGUCCCGAUUUACGCAGUAUCAUCAUGGACGAGCAUCAUCUCGCUAAGGGCGGCUCAGUUUCUGGAUCCUGUUCGUGACAUCUACGAGGCAUUCACCAUUUAUACCUUCUUCCAGCUCCUCAUUAACUUCCUUGGCGGCGAGCGGGCUGUGAUUAUCAUGGCCCACGGCCGCCCUCCUAUCUCCCAUGCCUGGCCUAUGAAUCACUUCCUCCCAAAGAUUGAUAUCUCGGAUCCCCACACCUUCCUCGCUGUCAAACGUGGUAUCCUGCAGUAUGCUUGGUUGAAGCCCAUUCUGGCUCUCGCCUCCAUCAUAAUGAAAGCAACUGACACGUAUCAAGAGGGCUAUAUUGGGCUCGGCUCUGGAUACCUCUGGACAGGUAUCAUAUAUAAUGUGAGCGUGACGAUCAGUUUGUACUCCCUUGCCAUGUUCUGGGUGUGUCUGCAUGACGAUCUCACGCCAUUCCGCCCAAUCCCCAAAUUUCUCUGCGUCAAACUCAUCAUUUUUGCCUCAUAUUGGCAAGGCUUCUUCUUGUCUAUCCUGCAGUGGCUGGGAGCGCUUGGUAAUGUUGCUGGAUAUACUCCCGACAACCUUGCAGCGGCCAUUCAGGACAGCCUCAUUUGUUUUGAGAUGCCAAUAUUCGCUAUGGCUCACUGGUAUGCAUUCUCGUGGCACGAUUAUGCGGACCCGACCAUCUCAGCUGCACGCAUGCCCGUAAAAUACGCACUACGCGAUGCCUUUGGUGCGCGGGAUUUGGUUGAAGACACCAAAUUCACCAUUCGCGGUAAGAAUUACGGAUACCGGGUCUUUGAUUCGGGUGAUAACAUCAUCCCUCAUGAGGAGUCAGGGUCGCGGGUUAAGCGAGUAAUGGCCGGCAUGAGGUAUGAGCGUGGAGGUAAGGCAAAAUAUUGGAUCCCAAAACCGGGUGAAGCCAACAGCCGCACGCCUCUCUUGCGCGGCGACCCCAGUAAGCGCAGCCCCAGAAUUGAGCGGGCCAGUCAAACCUCGAGAGAGAGAUUCCGAUCUUAUAGUGAUAUCGAUGAAACUGCAAUGGAUGACGAGGAUGAGCGACUAUUCAUCAAUGCUCGUGCACUGGAAUUCGGAGACUGGAAUUACCCGGUUAUUACCGCCAACGAGGUACCAAGGGACCAACGGCUGCCACCCUCGCGGAGAAAUCAAGAUUCAAACCGAGGCGGAGAUGUCAAAAAGGCCCGUAGGCACAGGAAAAGUCGCGCGUCAGAUGGUGAGAGUAGGCAAAGUCCCAAGCCAAAGUCCACUAAACCUGGGCCAAGCUCGCCGAGUCCCGGUCCCUUGCAGCGAAACGUCAGCUCCACCGGUUCCACCGGCACGCAGCGCAGCCAGCUGGUUGACCUUGUGGUGGAGAAUACGGAGGCCGAGGAAGAAGAUCGAGCUCAAAUACAAAGAGAGUAUGGCUCUGCCUGGGCAGAGCCUGAACCUCGACGAUUCUCAAGACCCUCCGGAGAGCCAAUCGAAGAAGAGGCUGAAACCAACCCGACACAGCCAGAGUCUAAUUAUGACGAAGAUCGGCCCAAAUGGGCCUACGACGGCAUAGAGCAGGACAAUGUAUGGGGCAAAUAG